GGACAUGGUCUUCUCGCACGAUACCGAAGGACAAAGAACACUAGAGAUCUAGACCAAUCCAUACCGCGCUUUGAACGGGCCUCUGAUCUGUGCCCCAUGAAUCAUCCCUGCCGCCCUGCAGCACUGUUUAAUCUAGCUGCGGCAAAGUUUGUUAGUUGUCAAGUUAAUGGAACGUACCUCGACCUCGACAUCCCCAUCUCUCUUUUUCAAGACGCCCUUAACUUGCGUCCGACUGGUCAUCCUGACCGACCGAUCACUCAGCUCCACCUUGCCAUUGCCCUGUUGUCGCGUUUUUCGAAACGGGGAUUUCAAACGGAUGCCGAUGCGGCCAAAGAGUUACUGAGCGAAGUCCUCGACGUUUGCCAUGCCAACAGCCACAUUUCCAGAGCAGCUUUGUUUGUAAUCGAGACAUGGGCCCUGCAUCGAGCUAGAGGCAUGGAUGGACAUGAUCUUGGGCAGAUGCAGCCCGCUACAUCCAUGCUUCCGUUAUCACCAUAUCAACUUGCUCAUCGUGCAGAGCGGUGUUUACACAGAGAUGACCCCCAUGACUUAGAUGAAGUGAUCUCCCUCCAUUACGGUGCACUGCAAUACUACGGCACUAUGCAUGAUUGCCGAGGGCAAUUGUUGUGCAAUCUGGGCCUGAUGCUGAACACUCGCUAUGAUCGUCGAGGCAAUAGCCAAGACUUGGACGAUGCCAUCACGUGUCUUAGGGAAGCGCUGGAUGUGAUCCCAGUUGGUCGUGCAAAUCGGUCCUGGUCAUUAAAUAACCUUGCGAAUGCGCUCUAUGUUCGCUUCAAGCACCGAGGCAAUGACCAAGACUUGGAUGAGGCUAUCAUUCUUCACAGGGACGCGCUGGCUUUAUGUCCAGUCGGUCACUCAGAUCAGUCCAUCUUAUUACACAACCUUGCGAAUACGCUCUCUACCCGCUUCCAGCACCGAGGCAAUGAUCAAGACUUGGAUGACACUAUCAUGCUUCACAGGGAAGCGCUGGCUUUACGUCCAGUCGGUCACCCAGAUAGGUCUAUGUCAUUAAGUAACCUUGCGAAUCAACUCUCCACCCGCCUCGAGCAUCGAGGCAAUGAGCAAGACUUGGAUGAUGCUGUCGCGCUUCACAGGGAUGCGCUGGCUUUACGUCCAGUUGGUCAUCCACAUCGGCCCUCGUCAUUGAACAACCUUGCGAAUGUGCUUUUUACCCGCUUCGAGCACCGAGGCAAUGAUCAAGACUUGGAUGAGGCCGUCAUGCUCCACAGGGACACACUGGCUUUGCAUCCAGUUGGUCAUGUACAUCUGUCUGUGUCGUUAAUGAACCUCGCAAAUGCGCUCUCUACCCGCUUCCAACACCAAGGCAAUGACCAAGACUUGGAUGAG